GAAAGUGAAAGGGAUAAAGAGCUGCACGAUCUUCUGCAUUCUCGGUGCCAUCUUGUCUGCUUGUUGUGCAGCAAAGGCACAGAAGUGCUGGAAAUGCACUGAAUUAUUAUUACAUAUAUGAGCGAGCUGGGGAGAGCUGCAUGGAUAAAGAAUCUUCUCUGGGAUAAAGAAUCCUCUCGGGGAUAAAGAAUCUUCUCUGGGUAAAGAAUCUUCUCUGGGAUAAAGAAUCUUCUCUGGGAUAAAGAAUCUUCUCUGUGCAAGUUAUGGUCAUCCUUGGAAAAGUUUUUGAUUCUAAAACUAAAGCUUAACAUUAAACUUAACCCUAAAUUUGCACUCCUACAUUUGGAUUCCCCAGGACCUGGACUAAAGGAACAACCAAAUUCCCUGAGAGACCCAUUAUUAAGUCUACUUUUGUUGUUUACAGCUGCUACUAAGAAACUUCUGUUUUUAAAUUGGCUGUCCGAGUCCAUUCCUUCACUGGCAGACAUUCUGUCUCUCCUAAACCAACUCUGCUGGCAAGAAGCAAUAAGGAUUAAAUCAGCAGAACCACAUCUCAAACAGUCAUUUACUGAAACUUGGUCAUUAUUCUGGGUUCAAAUUGACUCUAGUUUCAAAGCACGCACAUUGGGUUUGUUACAUUUAUAAGCUAAUCUUUGCUGGUUCAUUGGAUAUCUUUAUAUAUUUUCUUUGUUUACAGCCAUUGCUUUAUGCUGGUAUAUUUUAAAAUUUAGUAACAUUCGCUGAGCGUUGUUUGGUGGUUUGGUUGCUUGGUUAUAUGAUUAGAUUUUAGAUGGCUUUACCAAUCAUAUUUACUCUUCAUUUUCCUAUUAGGCAUUUUUGCUACAAGUUGUAUUGGUGUGCCUCAUUGUUCUGCUUUGAUCUUUUGUUGAAAUUCUUGCUUGUUUAACGUGGAAAACAAUAAAAACAUUUUCAACAUAAAAAAAAAAAAAAGAAUCUUCUCUGGGAUAAAGAAUCUUCUCUGGGAUAAAGAAUCUUCUCUGGGAUAAAGAAUCUUCUCUGCAAUAAAGAAUCUUCUCUGGGAUAAAGAAUCUUCUCGGGGAUAAAGAAUCUUCUCUGGGAUAAAGAAUCUUCUCUGGGAUAAAGAAUCUUCUCUGGGUAUGAAAUCCACAUGGAGAUGUGAAGAUGACAUGGAAUUUACUAUUUCUUCUUAGUCUUCUCUUUACAUUCGGAGCAGAAGGUGAUAUUUUUGGGGACAAUAUUUUUUCCCCCCUUCAAGCUACAAAGGGCUCAGAUUUUGUUGUUCCCUGUACAUUUGAUGUAAAUGGGCCUCCAGUACAAACCAUAAUCUGGUAUUUCAAGGAAAAGGAGAUCUUGCGUUAUGAUGGACAGAUAAGUUCCGUUGAUUCAAGGUUUUCCUUAAACAGAGACAAAACUAAAGAUGGAAUCGCUUCCCUAGUCAUUUCCAACAUUACAAUACCCGAUGCCGGCGCCUACACGUGUUCUCUGUUGUACAGCCAAGGAAAAAGAGAAACUAAAGUUUACUUAGAUAUUCAAGCAACUCCAGAGAUAAUCAUCACUAAUAAUAUUGUAGUUAGGAAUAAAGAGAGUGUCCUGCGCUGCUCAGUCAUUGGACUUUACCCGUUGGAUAGUGAUAUCACAUGGCUGAGAGAUGGGGAGUUACUACAGGAAACUACAGUUGGAGAUCUAGAGAGGAACCCAGAUGGCACCUACAAUAUAAACACUAUAGUGACCAUCGUACCCACUGAGGAGAACCAAUAUCAGACCUUCUCAUGUAAGGUCCAAUAUUAUUCUCAUGAUGCAUUCCAGAAGGACUUUCAGCUGAUAUAUGGAGUUCCUCCAUCCAUUCAGAUUAGCUCUCAACCAUUCUGGCUAAAUGAGGAACAGACAUUGAUUUGCCAAGUGUGGGGUUUCUACCCUGAAUCCGUUGCGGUUAACUGGUUUCUGAAUGGGAUUCAUGUGGAAGCCUCCAGGAUUCAGAGGACCACUAGUUCUGUUGUGUCUUCCUACCAGUUCACUCCAACAGUUCAGCACUGGGGAACAGAGAUCUCCUGUGUGGUGGAACAUGGGACACUGCCCAGUCCUCUGGUGGAGAAGGUGCUGGUGAAGGAACCAGAUUUGAAGGUAAAGCACCGCAUGGUAGUGAGGAUUUUUGCAGUUAUUACAUUGGUUGCAGCUGCAGCUCUCCUAUAUCACUGUAAUCGGGAGAAAAGCGGCACUAAAGAGCCCAUUUGCACAAUGCAAGGCAGAAAAAUCGACAUCGUGGGCAUAUCCGCAGCUACGGGUGGAUUGUUAGCCUAUGUGUUACACAGACUGUGGUUUUGCAGUUCUAAAGAAGAGAAAGAAGGAUGUAGAGAAGAAGUAUGUGACCCUGAAAGUGGACCGUUGGAGUUUAGAGGAACAUCGGUUGAUCCUCCACAAUAUGGUUCUUGCAAACAUUCUGAGGGAGAUACGAUUAUAACCCAUGAAGCCUCAGUGACUCAGUACCAGAGGACUAAACUGGACUCCUAUUCCAUGGAAACAGAGGAUUACAUCCCAGCAGAGGAGAAAACUCAACCUCAAAUUGCUUCUGAACAGGAGGCCUUAUCAGCCUCAGGGUUGAAAUCAAUAGAUCCUAGCCUGGAAAAAAACAAGUGCUCCAAACCAGAAGUAACUGGAUCUUCUCUACCUUCUGAUGAUCAAGAACUUGACUUCAGGAAACAGAUACAAGUAACUGACACUGGUGUAUUUCAAGAAAGACCCCAAACCCCUGAUGACCAUGGGACAAUUUCCUCUCCUAAAUCCGACUCCCAACCUUUCCAUAUGGAGGGUUUGGAACAAUCAGGCACUAAAGAGCCCAUUUGCACAAUGCAAGGCAGAAAAAUCGACAUCGUGGGCAUAUCCGCAGCUACGGGUGGAUUGUUAGCCUAUGUGUUACACAGACUGUGGUUUUGCAGUUCUAAAGAAGAGAAAGAAGGAUGUAGAGAAGAAGGCACUAUCACAGAUAAGGACAACUGUGCAGGAGCAGAGGAUUUAGAGGGAGCUGAUACAAAGGAAGAAGAGACUGCUGACCAGUCUAUGGAAAAAGAAAGCGAUACCUAUAAAGACAUGGAGAGCCCACCAGCAGCAGCAGAGGAUUUGGGGGUUUCUGUUGUAGAGGAAGCAAAAGCUGCUGGUUCAUCUGGGGAAACAGAGAAAGACAUGGACCACCCAUCGACAUCACAGGAUUCAGAGACACCUAUUGAUCAGGAACAAGAAGCUACUGGCCUAUCUGAUGAAAAAGAGAAAGGUACCAUUAAAGACAUGGGCAGCUCUGCAGCAGAGAAUUUAGGUGGAGCCACUAGACAAAAAGAAGAUGCUGUCAGUCUACUUGAGGAAGAAGAGAGAGGUACCUAUAAAUACAUGAAGAGCCCACCAGCAGCAGCAGCAGAGGAUUUGGGGGUUGCUGUUGUAGAGGAAGCAAAAGCUGCUGGUUCAUCUGGGGAAACAGAGAAAGACAAUGCUAAAGACAUGGAUAACCCAGCUGUAGAGGAUUCAAGAGGGGAUGCUGGACAGAAAGACGAGGCUGAUGGAAAGUUAUUGGAAGAGCAGAUAACAGGUACCAUUAAAGACAUGGGCAGCUCUGCAGCAGAGAAUUUAGGUGGAGCCACUAGACAAAAAGAAGAUGCUGUCAGUCUACUUGAGGAAGAAGAGAGAGGUACCUAUAAAGGCAUGAAGAGCCCACCAGCAGCAGCAGAGGAUUUGGGGGUUGCUGUUGUAGAGGAAGCAAAAGCUGCUGGUUCAUCUGGGGAAACAGAGAAAGGCACCAUUAAAGAAAAGGACUGCCCAGAAACAGCACAGGAUUCAGGAACAGGACAGAGAGAAGAAGGUAUUGGCCUAUCUGGGGAAGAAGAGAAAGGUACUAGUAAAGAUAGGGACAACCCUGAAGGAGCAGAGGAUUUAGAGGGAGCUGAUGGAAAGGAUGAAGAGGCUGCUGAUCAGUCUUUGGAAGAAAAUAGAGUCAACAGAAACGCCCUAAAUGAAAUGAUACAAUCCAAUAAAGAAUCUAAGCUCUCUCUGAAGAACAUCCUGGACAUUGGGCAGGAGAAUAUAAAUGAAGUUGCUCCCCAGACUGUACAAGAUCUUCCCUGGCUUAGGAAACUGAUGACUCUGGACAGGACUGCAAGAACAAUUCAACUUGACAAUAUUUCUAAAGAUUCAGGAGGGCAUACUGAUGCUGUAAAACAUGAACAUUCUCUACAAAUUGGUUCAGGGGAAGCUAAUGAUGGCACAGAAGAAGAUGUAUCUCAAUAUUUAGAUUUUUAUAGUAAAGAGUCUACUUCAUUCAAUCCUUUAGACAUUCUGUGUGUUCUCUUGCAUUGCUCAGAUAUGUUGUUACAGCAGAACAUCUUCUCCAAAAUGUCCAUGUGUCAGUUUGCCGUCCCACUGCUGCUCCCUGCUGGUGAUGGGCCAGGCUGCACCUUCAUGCUCUGGGCUAUGAGAGACAUUGUCAAGAGAUGGAGACCCCACACUUUGGCAGAGAAUAAAGGAUUUAUAGAAGAAUACCUGGUUAAAUCAGAAAUGCCAUUUUUUUCUUUUGUGAGACUGGGGCAUAUACAAUUAUCUAAAUCUAAAAUCCUCAAUCAAAUGCUCAGCCCAGCCCAACAGUACCAGGACUUUUUUAUUCAUGAAAAUAUGAUUGGUGGUGAUAAUGAGAGAGAAGUAUCUAAUGGCCUAGUGGAAAUCUCCUGGUUUUUACCUGUUGGAAGAGAGAAUUCUGACACUUUCCCAGAACCCAUAGCUGUUACUAAUUUACGUGGAGACAUAGAGUCUAACUGGACCCAAUUCAGCUUCCUAACCCAGGUCUCAUCAGCAGUGUUUGUAUUUUCUGAGAGUAUUAAUGAGAGAGAGUGUGAGCUAUUAGCCCAGUGUAGUAAAUCCUACUCCAACUUCUAUUUCAUCAUUACUCCAAGUGGCACAAGUGUCAGUAAAGAGACUGUGAAAUUCUUAAAAGAGUUACAACCUUUGCUACAUUUCAACCAAUCACAUAUACUGAUAAAAGACAAACAAGCAAAUGAGGCUGGGUUAGUAAAAAAAUUACAAAACAUAAUCCAGAUUUUUUUGAGGAAAACUGACAAGAAAGUAAAACUGGAAGAUUUAGCAAACACAGCCACUGAACUUGGCAUAAAUGUGGAUGAAAAUUCCCAGGAAUGUCAGAAAGCAAAAGAAUAUACCACUGAAAUAAUUAAAGAAAUACAAGAUAUGGUAAAAUAUAAGAAAGAGACGAUGAAACUACAAGGGGAUCUGUGGAAACAAGUGGCCCAGGUAGAAAAAGAAUUGUGCAGAAUGAAAAACCAAGGGGCUAAAAAUACAGAACAAUAUCGAUCUCAACUGACUGAAACCCUCAAACAAUUACACAGGGAGCAGAAUCAACAUGUUCUACCUGAUACGAUGAGUAAGUUUAUUUCUGCCAUCACACAUUUGUCUCAAUCAGAGAAACAUUAUUUCCUGACAUGGAUGAAAUUUGCACUUGACUCAAUGGCUAGAAACAACCUCUCUGUGUUAAAAGAAAAAUACAAGGAAAAAUAUAAUAAAACAAAUAAUCAGGUAGAACUGAAACAGUUAGACCAGCAAAUAUGUGACAGUUCUUUGGGAGUAGAACAUUUUCUGCGUGAGAUGGGGCAGUUUUAUGAGGCAGAAUGUUCGAUGGUGAAUCAAGGAAUACUCAAACCAGAUAUGAUACAGUUUAGUCUUCUCCCAGGAAUAGCUGCUGAUUUAUUGCUGGAUGGCUUCCCAUUGGAGCUGAUGGAUGGAGAUGCCUCCAAUAUCCCCCUGAAGUGGGUCACUGACCUUCUGACUGAGCUGAAUAACAAAACAGGAGGGAAAUGCAGAAUGAGAGUAAUCACAGUGCUGGGAGUGCAGAGCACAGGGAAAUCCACUCUCCUGAACACCAUGUUUGGCUUGCAGUUUUCAGUGGCCAGUGGACGAUGCACACGAGGAGCUUUCUUAACAUUGAUUAAAGUAAAAGAAAACUUUCAGAAGAACAUAAACUGUGAGUUUAUUCUGGUAAUUGACACUGAAGGUCUUAAGGCUCCAGAAUUGGCUUCUCUAGAGGACAGCUAUGAACAUGACAAUGAGUUGGCAACUCUAGUGGUUGGGCUCAGUGAUAUCACUAUAAUCAAUAUGGCCAUGGAGAAUACAACAGAAAUGAAAGAUACACUGCAGAUUGUGGUUCAUGCAUUUCUUAGAAUGAAGCAAAUAGGGAAGAAACCCAACUGCCAGUUUGUGCAUCAGAAUGUGAGUGAUGUUUCUGCUGAUGAUAAUAACAUGAGGGACGGAAUAAAACUUCUGGAGCAACUGGAUGAGAUGACCAGAAUAGCAGGCAGCAUGGAAAAAAAACAUGGAAUAAAAAGCUUCACUGAUAUCAUUAGCUAUAACAUUAAGAGAGACAAUUGGUACAUCCCUGGGCUUUGGUACGGUGUCCCACCCAUGGCUUCUGUAAACUCCGGCUACAGUGAUGUGAAUGAACUGAAAAAAUAUUUGUUUACAUUUAUGGAGAAAAGUGAAUUUCUUCAGCCGCCCCAGAAUGUUGUUGAAUUUAUUGAAUGGAUAAAAAGCUUGUGGAACUCUGUUAAAUAUGAGAAUUUUAUUUUCAGUUUCAGAAACAGCCUGGUAGCUGAAGCUUACAAUCAAUUAGCAAUGAAAUACUCCCAGUGGGAAUGGGACUUCUGCAAACACGUUCAUACCUGGCUAAUUAGCACUGAGAAUACUAUCAAGAAUCAGUCAGCAGAUAAACUGCAGCCAGAAAUGUGCAGAGUAUUUAAGGAUAAUUUAAUUUCUCUACUCUGGAAAGAAGAGAAAAACAUGUUAGAUUUGAUAAAAAAAUAUUUUGAAAAUAAAACCGAUAAUGUUCAUCUGAUUGAGAAGUACAGAGAAGAUUUCUCCAGAGGGGUGAAUUGUCUUCGGAAAGAUCUGGAACGUUCUGUCACAGCAAAGAUUGAUGAGACUAUUAGAAUCCAAAAAGGGAAAUAUCAAAUAAAGAAUAUAGAGAACAGUUAUCAAAAGACCAUUGAGGAGAAAGUCACUGAUCUCCUAAAACAGGUCAGACAAAGGGAAAGUCGACUUGAAAGUGAUGAAAUAGAAAAGGAAUUUGAGAACAUGUGGGAAAGUACAAUAGCUGAGUUACCAAGGAAUCUUUUACAAAAACGCAAUGUCAGUCAGGAAAUGUUACUGGAGCUCAAACGUGACUUGUCCAACAGAGGGGCCUCUAUAAAGGAGAAAUUUCUUAAGAUAAAAUAUUUAGAUGAGUUUGGAAAAGAUGAAUUCAAGAUUAAAGAGCAGCAUGUUGACUUGAAAUGGUAUUCAUCACUAAAAGGUGUGAAAGAACUGUGGACCAAUGAAUGCAAAGAUAAAACUGCCAGUCUGGCUUACUCUUUAAUAGAAUUAUGUUUAAAUUAUGUAACAGAGAAGGUUAAUACAGGAGAAGACUAUGAUGGGACAUAUUGCCAAGAAUUGCUUAGUAAAAUUAAUGAAAGGCAGGAGGAAGAUGUUAAAAACCUGCACAUUACCCAUGAGUUUGACUUGGAUAUAAAACUCCAUAUCUUGGGGAGUGCGGCUCGGAUGUUCCAGAAGAUGCAUAAGAGUUUUCUUCAGACUGAUCCUAUGUUGUCUCUGGAAACUCUAAAACCUCAUUAUUUGACAACUUUUAAAAAUCUAUUCCAGGAAAAAGAUGAAACACAAAGUAGAGCCAAACAAUUCUGUGAUCUCUGCCUGAAGCCGGCAAUAACCAAUCACAUUAACCAGCAUCUGGGGAAGGACAUUGUAGAUGAUAUUCUGUCCAAUCAGUGUCCCAAAGAAUUGAGCAGCCGCACUUUCUUUCAAUCACAUGUACUUGAGAAACUGCUGGAAGAGGAGGAAUUUUCUCAGUAUGUGACUUACAUUAAUUCUUAUGAGAAGUUUGUGAAAGAAUGGCUAAAACAAUACAUAUUAAAUAUGUAUAAAAAAGGUUUAGAAAAGUUGCAAACGAAUAUUCUCUCUGAUAUCUGUAACAAAAUCAGGAGCACACUCAAAAAGCCACAAGACAUGCCCACUGUUUCAGAGUUCUUGAAAGCCUUUUGUGAGAUGUUAAGGAGUGAAUUGGUCAUUUCUCAGAUGGAGUUGCAGUUGGUCAGUUUCCAAAACCAAGCAGACAUCAGGCAGUUCUCAAAGGAUAUUGAGUUUUUUCUCACAGAAACUGAGACACAGAUCAGAUCAGAGAUGGAAUCUUCCAGCACAGAAUCUGUUCUUGACAAACUCCGACUGAAACCAGAGGAUGUUCUGUUUAAGAGAGUGUUUGGCUGUGGGAAGCAGUGUCCCUUCUGCAAGGUCCCCUGUGAGGCUGGAGCUACUGACCAUAAGGAACACUUUGCAUCUGUCCAUCGGCCUCAAGGUUUGGGAAGAUAUCGAUGGAUAUUUAGUGACAAGUUGGCUACAGAAUUAUGUUCAACACAUGUUGUCAGUGAUUGUGAAUUCCAGAAUUCAGAUACAAAGAUGGAAUCUCACCCUUAUAAAGAAUACCGGACAAUCUACCCAGACUGGGCCAUUCAGCCUGACCCCAGCAUCACAGCCUCAGACUACUGGAAGUUUAUUUUUAAACAGUUUAACAAGGAAUUUGCUAAAGAAUAUGAGGCAGAACCAGCAGAUCUCCCUGAAACCUGGCUCCAGAUAACAAAAGAACAGGCUUUUCAAAGCCUAAAAGAAACAUUUAAUAUGAAGUAACAGCAGUGAAACAGGUUACAGCAUUAUAUUCCCAAAAACCUUAUUUCACUGUACAAGCAGCAUUUCAAUACAUUUUUGGUUGGAUAUGGGCAUAUUUACUACACCUUUAAAGGGGAUACAUAUUUUACUUUUUUAUACAUACUAUACUAGUUUUCAGUACAGACGAUGUAUACUAGUAUUAAUAAUAACAAUAAUCAAGUUGUAUUAUAGACGAGAUCUAGACUGACCAAUAAACAGAAUGAUGAUAAUGAUGAUUUUAUAUAACCACUGUGUCUUCUUAAUCAGAAAUCCAAAUAAAUAAAGAGUUUUCAAUAUAAUGUACUGCCUGACUUAUUUGUUAUAUAAUAAAAGUGGAGAAAGAAGUAUAAAAGUACAUAAAGCACAUGGGACCAUGGUGACCUGACUAAUGUUACAGAAAGCACAACAAGUACCAAUCAAUAUAUUGCAGAAUGGAGACAAACAAUAAAACAUUGAUCUAGAAAGGUGAAACAUAUAUCUAAGGAAUCCCAAGUCAAAAUGAUUAAGUCAAGUUAUCCCACUCCAUUAAGGUUGUACAGAGAGGGGAGACAAUUCAAGUCCUAAUGGAGUGGCCUGUGGAACCAAGUGUUCUCACAUCUUAAAGGAACGGUAACACCAAAAAAUGUAAGUGUUUUAAGUAAUGUAAAUAUAAUGCAGUGUUAACCUGCAGUUGUAAAACUGGUGUGUUUGCUUCAAACAGACUACUAUAGUUCACAUAAACAUGCUGCUCUGUUGCCAUGGGAGCAACCA